CUCGCGCGCUAGUCACAACACAGCUGACGGGUGGCGUGUCGCAAACGAGUCUACUCACAUCAUGGCUUCCAACGACAAGACCCCUGCCGCUCCUCGCUACGCCGAUGGCUCCGCCCACUUCAACAUGGGCGAGCACACGCUGAAGGUGCCCAUGACCUUACACGCCGAGAACCGCAAGCGUCUCCUGAACCGCGUGACCGGCCGCAAUGUGGCCCCCAGAAGUGUGGUGCUCCUCCAGGGCGGCGAGGACACCACCCGCUACUCCGCUGACGCCGAGAAUGUCUUCCGUCAGGAGACUUACUUCCACUGGCCUCGGCGUGUUGGAGCCCGGGUGGUUUGGGGUGGUGGAGGUAGAGACUGGCCGCACUGUGCUCUUCUGUCCCCGCCUACCUGAGCACUACGCCACCUGGAUGGGUCGAAUUAUCACACCUGAGGAGUUUCGUCAGCGUUACCAAGUGGAUGAAGUUCGCUAUGUGGAUGAGGUGAGUGAUGUCCUGCAUCACGUGA